GUCGCGCCAGCCUUUGCUUUCCACCCCACAUACUUCGAAGAAAAUGGCAGAGUUGAGUCGCUCUUUACGCGCAAGGCCAAUCUUCAAGCAUCAGGCUACUAUGUUGAUGCAGAAAAUUGUUCCUUGAUCUCAGAUACCGAUAUCUCAUGGAAAGCUCUUAGUAAUUGCUUCAUUCCUCUGGGAUAACGCUGACAAAGCAUUGUGGUUAUCCCGGUCAUUCGACCUACAACCGUCACCAUGAAUAUCUCCCAGCCCAUUGCUUCGGCCAUAGACUGCGUCGACUUUGCCUUUCUGACACCCGAGGAGAUCAAGGCCAUAUCCGUCAAGCGGAUCGAGAACCCGACUACUUUUGACAGUCUACUGAACCCAACGCCCGCUGGUUUAUACGAUCCUGCCCUAGGCGCAUGGGGCGAGUCACCAUGUACAACAUGCAAUCUCGGCCCAAUGAGCUGUCCUGGCCAUGUCGGCCAUAUCGACCUCCCUGUUCCGGUCUACCACCCGGUUUUCAUGGACCGUAUCAUGGCCUAUCUCCGGGCUCAGUGUGUAUAUUGCCACCGCUUCCGCAUGCGCCGAGCAGACCUCGAACUUUACCGUUGCAAGCUACGACUACUGCGGUUCAAUCUCAUAGAUGAGGCCAACUUCCUGGACGAAAUCACCACCGAAACAAAGGACAUUCCUGGGCUUCAGAUCGUGGAUGAAGCAGAGGAUGAAGCUGAAGCCGAAAGUGCCUCUAUCGAGCGGGUCAUUCGGAUACGGGAGGCAUACACUCAGCGGGCACUCAAAAAGCACACAUUGUCCACCGCCGACAUUAGAACAGGCAAGCAUGAGGGCAUUUCUGAAGCAAGAACAGCCCUACUCAAGGAGUUCCAGAAAGAAAUGGUCAAGGGCAGAAACUGUCAGAACUGCAAGGGCAUCUCCCCGUCUUACCGAAAAGACCGCUUCGUCAAGAUCUUCGAGAAGGCAUUGAGUACCAAGGAUGCCGCCAAGAUGGCUCAGGGUAGCUUCAAAAGGAAGGAUGCGUUGACUAUCUGGCAGAAGUCCAAAGCCAAGUCCGUCGCCAAAAAGAAGGAGCUGGAGUCGGACGAGGGCAUCGCCGACAUUGACCCAGCAUCAAGUGAAGGCGAGGAGCUCGAGCAGGAAGAGGCAGAGAGCGACGAGGAAGAGGAGGGUGAUGGGAAGGAGCUGGACGAGAAUGGCGACGUGGUCAUGACGGAUGCUGCCACGGCCAAGCUACCCAAAGCCAAGAAAAAUAUUGCCACGAAAGCACUGCAACGAUACGUGGGUCCACUCGAGGUCCUCGCUCUCCUGGAACUGUUGUUCGAGAAAGAGCAGGACAUGAUGAAGUUGCUCAGGAACUCAAGACCUCAGCCCAAGGGGGCCAAACCAGAGAAGCCGGCCACCUUCUUCCUGCAAGUGAUUCUUGUGCCGCCAAACAAGUACCGCCCCGAAGCUCGUCAAGGCGACGGAGGAAUCGCCGAGGAUCAGCAAAAUUCGCUGUAUAAAAUGAUCCUGCAUGCGUCAACCCGGGUUGCCCAGAUUUAUCGUGACAUUUUCAAUGCCGGCAAGUCGGGUGUGGAAGCACCAGUCCGGAAAAGAGACAUAUCAGAACUGCAUGAGGCUUGUACCCAGCUCCAAGACUGUGUCAACUCCCUGAUCGAUAGGGAUCGGAAUCCCAUUCGAGGAGCUGCCGGCAAGCGGAAUGAGGACGGCAUAAAGCAAAAGCUCGAGAAGAAGGAGGGGCUUUUCAGGAAGAACAUGAUGGGCAAGCGUGUCAAUUUUGCUGCCCGCAGUGUUAUCUCCCCGGAUCCCAACAUUGAGACCAGCGAGAUUGGUGUGCCUCCGGUCUUCGCAAAGAAGUUGACUUAUCCCGAGCCCGUCACUAGCCACAACUUCCUGGAGAUGCAACAGGCCGUCAUAAACGGUCCAGACAAAUGGCCAGGCGCCGUCGCCAUUGAAAAUGAGAACGGCCAAAUAAUAAAUCUCACCAAGAAGACCGCAGACGACAGAUUAGCACUAGCUAACCAGCUCCUGGCUCCCACUACUCACAAUCAGACCGGAGCUAGGGGCAAGAAGGUCCAUCGUCAUCUAGGCAACGGAGACGUCGUGUUGAUGAAUCGCCAGCCCACCCUGCAUAAGCCUUCCAUCAUGGGCCACCGAGUCCGUGUUCUACCCGGGGAGAAGACCCUUCGCAUGCACUACGCCAACUGCAACACCUACAACGCUGACUUCGAUGGUGAUGAGAUGAACAUGCAUUUUCCCCAAAACGAGGUGGCUCGCGCUGAAGCCAUGCAAAUCGCCGACACGGACCACCAGUACCUCUCGGGAACCGCGGGAAAGCCGCUUCGAGGUUUGAUUCAGGACCAUCUUUCGGUAUCUGUAGCUCUGUGUAACAAAGACACCUUCUUCGACAAAGGCGCAUACCAACAGCUUGUGUACAACGCGCUCCGGCCUGAACAUGGACACAUUACUACGGAGAGGCUGGAGUUGGUCCCUCCCGCGAUUCUCAAGCCGGUGAGACGCUGGACAGGGAAGCAGGUCAUCACAACAAUCCUGAAGAACACCAAGCCUGUCGGCUUCGGCGAUCUCUGGCUCACUGGAAAAUCGUCCAUUCCCGCAGAUCUUUGGGCAUCCAAGUCUGAAGAAGGCCUCGUCCUUUUCCAAGACGGCGAGUUCAUUCAUGGUAUCUUGGACAAGUCGCAGUUGGGCCCCAGUUCCGGCGGUUUUAUUCACUCCGUGCACGAGACUUGGGGUCCCGAGUCAGCGGCCAAAUUGCUGAGCUGCAUGGGCAGGCUUUUGACAAGAUAUCUCAAUAUGCGAGCGUUUACCUGUGGCAUGGACGAUCUGCGCCUCACACCUGAAGGCGAGAAAGCCCGUAAGGAACAGCUCAAAUCUGCUACAAGUGUCGGUCUUAAGGUCGCCACGAAAUAUGUCAGUUUGGACAAGCACGCCGAUAUAGAUGACACCAACCCCACACUUCUGGAACGCCUAGAGGGAGUUAUGCGGGACGAUCGCGAGCAAGAAGGCCUCGACGUGAUGAUGAACCAGGCAUGUUCUAUCGUUACAAGUGACGUGAAGUCGGCUGUCAUGCCGAAGGGCCUUGAGAAACAGUUCCCUUGGAACCAAAUGCAAUCUAUGACCACCUCUGGCGCCAAAGGUAGUGCCGUCAACGCAACCCUGAUUUCUUGUAACCUUGGGUCGCAGGUUCUCGAAGGUCGAAGAGUGCCCGUCAUGGUCAGCGGCAAGACUUUGCCAUGUUUUCGACCAUUCGAGACUAAUGUGAGAGCUGGUGGAUACAUUGUCAACCGCUUCUUGACGGGCAUUAGGCCUCAGGAAUAUUACUUCCAUCACAUGGCUGGUCGAGAAGGGCUGAUCGAUACUGCUGUCAAGACUUCGCGUUCAGGUUACUUGCAGAGGUGUCUCAUCAAGGGUAUGGAAGGCCUUAAGGUGGCUUACGAUACCUCUGUUCGAGAUGCCGACGGCACUCUGGUGCAGUUCCUAUACGGAGAAGAUGGUCUAGACAUCACCAAACAAAAGUACCUAGACGACUUCGGCUUCGUGCUCCGCAACCGGGCGUCCGAGGUUGCACAGCUCAACAUCGACGAGAGAGGUUGGGACCAAGACAUCUUCUCGUCGAGAGAGUACGUGCAGAAAUAUAUGAAGAAGGCCGUUAAGGAGGCCAAGGCGAACGAUCCUCGUGCGCGAGACCCCAUCACAGCUGGGCUCAACCCUAAUCGUAACGCCUUUUCCACAUCAGAGACGUUCUAUGAAAAGGUCACGGAUUACAUCAAGAACAACAAGGACAAGCUGCUCAAGGAGAAGGGUGACAAAUCCAAGUCGACUGAACUCAUUGCGCGCAAGUAUGCCGAGAUUCUUCUUCACACCAAAUACCUCAAUUCGCUUGUGGAACCUGGCGAGGCGGUGGGUAUCGUCGCUGGGCAGUCUGUCGGAGAGCCUUCGACACAGAUGACACUCAACACCUUCCAUCUGGCUGGUCACUCAGCCAAGAACGUCACACUCGGUAUUCCCCGUCUGCGAGAAAUUCUAAUGACAGCUAGUGAUCACAUCUCCACCCCAGCCAUGACUUUGAUCUUGAAUGAGGAGCUUCCCGAGCAAACAGCCGAGAAGUUCGCCAAAUCCAUCAGCGUGCUUCCUCUGUCCCACGUUACCAAUCAAGUGACGGUCAAGGAGCGCGUGGGCAAGGGAGCUGGUUACAAACUAGCCAAGGUAUUUGACGUGCGCUUGGAGUUUUUCAAGUCGGCAGACUAUUCCGAUACCUACGCCAUCAAGAUCUCGGAUGUGUUGAAUGUAGUAGAGACCAAGUUCGUGUCCCACCUACAGAAGUUGAUUAAAAAAGAGAUAAAAGCACGGGCGGACCGCGAAAGUGCUUCUCGCCCUGAGAUUGGUGUCAAGGCUGGCAACGUUGAGAUGGCCGCACCUGAUGCUGAGAGGAUCCGCAGCGAGGACGAUGAUGACGACGAAGAGGAUGAUGACGACGCCACGAACGCCAAGCAGCGAGCAAACCAAGCCCAGGCAAUAUCAUACAGCGCCAAUGAUGAUGACGAUAACGCGAUCCAACAACGACUAGAGCGCGAGGCUUCGCCAGAAGACGUUGAGGAGCCCGAGGACGAAGGAUUUGGUGGCAGCCAGCCACCCGAAAGCGAUAACGAAAAUGGCGAGUCCAAAAAGAAGAUGUCAGCCCUGAACAGGAGUCGCGAAGAGCGUGUCAAAGAACGAGCCAGCAACAUUUCCCGAUUCGAGUGCGACGAAACCAAUGGCGAAUGGUGUGAAUUCUCUCUGGAGUACGAGUCAAACAUGCCCAAGGUUCUCAUGCUGCAAAUCGUCCAACAAGCGGUGCGUAAGACGGUAGUGCAGCAGAUUGAAGGCGUGGGCAAAUGCACGUAUGUUGCCGACGAAGACAUCAAGGACCUGGUAACAGGUGAGACGAGCAAAACACCUGUCGUCCACACAGCUGGUGUCAACCUUACGGCCAUGCAGAGGUACGCCGACUUCAUCAACCCCAACCGGAUUCAGACCAACGAUAUUGCUGCGGUGCUGCGGGUGUACGGAGUCGAGGCGGCGCGCAGGGCCAUCAUCCUCGAACUCAGCAACGUCUUUGGUGGUCAUGGCAUCAGUGUCGAUAACCGCCACCUGAAUUUGAUUGGCGACCACAUGACGAAAAACGGUGGGUUUACGCCCUUCAACCGCAACGGCCUCAAGGGCAACGUCAGUCCCUUCACCAAGAUGAGUUUCGAGACCACGGUGGCAUUCUUGAAAGAUGCUGUGCUUGAUGGGGACUGGGACGAUCUGACUACGCCGAGCAGUCGGAUUGUCAUGGGCAAACUGUCCAAGGUUGGGACAGGGGCUUUUGAUGUACUUACAAGGGUACAUGCGAAGAACGGAAAAAGCCAAUUCUAGUGCUAGAUUAUACCUGAUCUGGCGAUAGAGGGGCCGCAUGUCUGUCUGCCCACCACCUCUCGGGUGAAAUGAUGCGGCGGCAUCUGCCUGUUUUGCAUUUCCCUUUUGGCUUGUUGGCGAAAAGGAGUCCUGCGGGUGUAUUAAAAUGUGACAUAUACUAGUACCAUGUUUCUAUCUGAAGGAAAUGAAGUUUGCAAUGAUUCGUUUGAGUCAUGUUGUGGUCCCCUAGGAACGCAUGCUAUCAUUCGAAUACGGCCGUCUCGUCCGUUGGUCUGUCGGUUUCAAGGUUGGAAGCCUGUAUGGCAUCGCCAACCUUGAAACAACCAUCUUAGUUAAACUGGACCAGGUAGCGUCCGAAGUUGCGCUAACCAGCGAACAAUGGCCUGAAUUCGUUGACGUCUCCUGCUUGACGUCACACCAUUUUUUGGCAAUUGAUAUGUAGGUCAUUCUGGCAGGUUUAAAGUUCUCUGGGUUGCUUGUCGCGAGUUUG